UCAAAAAAAUUUUCGACGGAAGCGGUUGUGUUAGCGGAAAGUUGUGUUUUUUGGCUUCGCGUUCGUUCGUUGCAGAGCCUUCCAUGGAAAACUGAAGAAAAUAAGCUCUUGGCUAAAAAACAAACGCUGCAAUUUCUGUCCAGUCACCGCAAACGCAGAGAAGGCAUAAAUAAUUUUUCUGCAAAUUUGGCAACAACUCUAGAGGCGUGGAGAUAUUUGUCAAAAAAAAUACAAAAAAAAAAAAAACAACAACGCGAGUGCACGUGUGUGUGAGUGUGUGUUGUCAAGUGCCCCUGUGUGUGUUUCUGUGUGUGACAGAUAAAAGAAAAGGAGAAAAAAAAGAAGUUGUCGAAAGUCGUGAAAGAAAAUUCAAGCAAAAUAGUGCAAGCGCCACAGGGAAAUUGUCCGGAAAAAUCGCAAAAUCCAUUGUUUUUUGCCGGCAUCUUAAUGACGUCACAUCGUGGUGCAAACAACAAGAGCAAUAACAACUGCAACAUCGCGCGUGUUUAGUUACACACACACCAGCGUAUCGACAAGCAAGAAAAAAAAGGUUAAAAAUACAUUUUCCAUCGGCGCAAAAGUAAAACAAUAAACAAAUACAAAUACAAAAAAAUACAGCAGCCCAACAACAAUUUCAACAACUUCAACUUUGCCAGCAACAACUACAAGAGCAACUACAGCAACAACAAGUCAGCUGGACUACCGAAGAUAAUGUAAAAUCAGCUUACACACAAAAAAAAGCAGUAAAAUAAUAAAUAAAUACAGAAAAUUAACAGCUGCGUUUAUCCAUAGAUAUAAACACACACACACACAUCUAUAUAUUUAAAUAAGCGUUCGUUCGAUUUGAAUCAAAAUUAUAGCCCAAGCUAUCUAUCAGCUACCCCCAAGCUUUUUACUCCACAAAAACGCUAACGAACAAAAUUGAUAAAAAGCAGAAAACAACCGAAAUCAUACCAUCUACCAUAGAUCUAUAUGCUAUAUACAUAUAUAGGUGCUGAUCUGUGCUGAUCUGUGCUGAUCUGUGCUGUUGAAAUUAGUGUUUUUUGUGUGUGCGUGUCGCGAGAGGAGCGAAUAAAUAAAGUAAAAAUAAAAAUAAAAAACAAAAACUUUCUCUAGUCGCUAGGCUAAAAUAUAUAAACUCCAGCUAAACCCAGAUCCGUAAACAGCAAAUAGUUAUAUAUCUAUAAUCCCGUCACCGAUACCGAACCUAUACCGAUACACAAUGGCCAACGUUGUGAAUAUGAACAGCCUGUUCAACGGCAAGGAUUCGCGCUGGCUGCAAUUGGAGGUCUGUCGCGAGUUCCAGCGCAACAAAUGUUCGCGCCAGGACACCGAGUGCAAGUUCGCCCAUCCCCCGGCCAAUGUGGAGGUCCAGAACGGCAAGGUCACCGCCUGCUACGACAGCAUCAAGGGACGCUGUAAUCGUGAUAAACCGCCGUGCAAAUAUUUUCAUCCACCACAGCAUCUGAAGGAUCAGUUAUUGAUAAAUGGACGCAAUCAUUUGGCCCUCAAGAAUGCACUGAUGCAACAGAUGGGCAUCGCGCCCGGCCAGCCGGUCAUAUCGGGCCAAGUGCCAGCCGUGGCCACAAAUCCCUAUCUGACUGGCAUUCCGGCCAACUCGUACAGUCCGUACUACACAACGGGACACCUAGUGCCCACCUUGCUGGGUCCUGAUCCCACGACCGUGGCUUCCCAGCUGGGACCAGUGGUGCCCCAGGCGGUUCAGGUGGCCCAGCAGAAAAUACCACGAUCCGACAGAUUAGAGAUGUGCCGCGAAUUCCUGCGCGGCGCCUGCAAACGGGCGGAGUCGGAGUGCCGGUUUGCCCAUCCGCAGGAGAGCGUCGCCAGGCACGACGACGGCUCGAUUACGGUUUGCAUGGACGCCGUGAAGGGCAGGUGCGCACGCGACCCCUGCCGCUACUUCCAUCCCCCCCUGCACCUACAGGCACAAUUAAAAGCGGCCCAAACACGCGCCACCGCUGUCGCUGCUGCAGCUGCGACCUCACCUCUUGCGGCACACCAUCACCAGCAACAACAACAACAGCAACAACAAUUGCAACACCAGCUGAACAACAUGAACAACAACCACAGCACCGCUGGCACAGCAGCCACCUCGACAACAGCAACAACCACCACAAACAACGCCGCUGCCGCCGCCGCCGCUGCUGCCGCCGCCGCUGCCGCCGCUGUCAUGGGCCAUCACACACUGGAAGUGGGCAAGAAGCGGGCGGCGGACACAACCGAUAUGUUUCCACUGAUGGAUGUUAAAACGGUUGGUUCAUUUUACUAUGAAAACUUCCAAUUCUCUGGCAUGGUACCGUUCAAACGUCCAGCUGCCGAAAAGUCUGGCAUUCCAGUUUAUCAGCCCGGUGCGACCGCCUAUCAGCAGCUAAUGCAGCCCUAUGUGCCAGUCUCAUAUGACAAGGUCGAGGUGAUUGAUCAACGUGUUGCUGUCUGCCGCGAUCAUGCCAACAGCCAGUGCCGCCGCAAACAGUGUAAAUACUACCACAUACCGAUUGUCCUGCCGCCGGCCAACAUCAUGGCGGCCAUGAUCACCAGUCCCAAUGAUCAGCAGCCAGCUGUCCCAGUGGCCACAACAACAGCCAAUCCUGCGGCAGCAGCAGCAACAGCCGGCUACAACGGCGCCAGCAACUUGAUCAUCAUCGAGCCGCAGCAGCAUCAGCAACAGCAGCAGCCGCAGCAGCAGCAACAGUUCAGCUACCACAGCAACAGCAGCAAUAACAACUACUAUCACAGCAACGCCAGCAAGCAGGCCGCCCAUACCGCCAGCAACAUAUAUCAACAGCAGCAGCAACACGCGCAACAGCAGCAACAUCUGCAGCAGCAGCAACAUGCGCAACAGCAACCACACAUCACCUACCACUGCAGCUCACCCUACUCCCCCUCGUCGGCCUCCUCGUCGUCCUCCUGCUCGAUAGCCACCUCGCCCACCCUCUCGUCGGCCACCACGCUGUCCACUACCUCGACGGCCACGAUGCCCACCCCGCAGCAACAGUACCAGGGUCCGGCUGCAACGGCGACCUUUCUGAAGGCCCCGGCGGCCUACUACACCGAUGCCACGCCCACUCUGGUGCUGAGCAGCGACUACAACUCCAACUGCAUCCCCAUUCAGGCCACGCCGUUCAUCUCGCUGCAGGCCGCCCCGCAGCAACAUCUGCUGAAGUACACCACCCAGGCACCGCCGCCGCAGCAGCAACAGCACGCCUUUGUGGGGCAUCACUACCAGACGCAGAUGGGCCAGGUGGUGGCCACCACCGUGGCGGCUCUUCCGGCCACCACGAUCACCGUGGCGCCGGCAACGGUGGCGUCUCCAUCGAGUUGCAUCUAGGAGAAGGGGUUUCUCAACCUGCCGCAGGGGGCAGCUCUGUUCAUUUUCCCAGAAACGUAUAUUAAGUCAUAGGGGUGGGUCACCUCAGAAAGCCAGAGGUUUGAAAACAAUAGUUAAGGUACAUAAAAGUAGGCAUUAUGUUUAAAAGCAUUAAAUAAUACAUUUUUAGAGAUUUCCUGUUUGAAGCCUUAAAAAAAAACCUUAAGUAAAGAUUUCAAAAAAUUAUAAUGCCUAGUCUUAGAAACCCCGAUUCAAGUUUUCAAAUCUCCAGAGAUUUCGGGUACCCCGCCGCAUAGGGUUUUUAUUAAAAGUUUUUGCCACCUACUUAAUUCAUUGGAAUACUCGUUUUUGUCAACUCCAACUUCACCUAGAUAUUUAUAUUGCAUAUACUCCUCACAACCUAAGCCACACAAUACGUAUACCAAUCAUGAAUACCCUAAAGCGAUGCUCUCUACACACUAGUCUCCAAGCUGUAUUGGAAAAAAUCAAAAAGCAAAGCAGAACUUGUCUAAAAAGGUCUAAAGUCUAAAAGCUAGUAACAAAAACUUCAAACAAUCACAUUCUACGAAACUCAAACAUUAAUACACAAAGCAGUAAUAGAAGUUUUUGAUGAAAAUUAAAGGUUGAUACGAACUAUUUACAAAAAUAAGAACCGAAAGUACUACUGGGGAAUAGAGGAUAAUGAACUCUGCAGAACUUUUUCGUACGUAUAGCAAGACUUUAAGGUUUAAGCAUACAAAUUGCACAUCAAGUGACAUGCAUUAGAGGGAAAAUAUUGAGUGACGACUCUACAAUAUUACAAAACCAAAACAAAAGAGAAAAAACGAAAAACUAAAAGAGUGUUGUUAAAUGCAAAAAAAAAACAAAAGAAAAUUAGCAAUUAAAAAUUGAGAAAAAAUGGAGGAGAGCGCAGUUGCAUUAAAAUUAGUUACAAACUAUUUUAAACUCUAGUGUUCCAUAUUUCAAUGCAAAUAAAAAUACAAAUACAAAUAAAGGUACAUAAAAGUGGAUAAACAUUUAGUGAAGAGUGUUAAUAUUAACUAAGGUUAAGUUUGACAAACAGUUCUCCAUGGCAAAUAGUCAAAAUUAAUCAAAAACAGAAUCUACAUAGGCCAUAGUUAAGCAGCAAGAACAAUUAAUAAUAAACAUAUAACAAUAACAAUAAUAAUAACGAUAAUGAGGAUAAAAAUUAAGAUGAAGAUGAAGAUGAAAAAGUACAGUCACGUCCUAUUUUUGCAACAACGAUUUACUACAAGCGAAAGGCAAACGAUAUGGAGGUUUUAUUAAGCAGAAAGCAGAGAUCAGAUACAGAAAACAGAGUAAAGAAACCAUAAUCCUUUUUUACAUUUUAUAAUAAUGAUCAAGAUAAAUCAGCAAAACUACAGCAAAAGAAAUCAUAUUUUUUAUAUACAAAAGAAGGAAGCAUCAAAAACCACACAGAUAAACAAAAUCGAGAUGGGGUAAAGAACAAGAAAUUUAAUCAAAUCUAAAGGAAUAAGCAUUUUUUGCAACAACAAACAAAGACGGAGACUUUUUUAAAGUGUAUAAUUAACCACUCAUUUAGCUGAAUUCUCUAGUAAAUGAAAAUGAAAAUAACACAAGCUCACACUGAAAUCGAAAUUAAACCGUACUAUAUCUUCCUAUGUAAUAAAGAUUUGUGACUUGGUUUUUUUAUACACUCAAGAACGUAUUUGGAACACACAGAAUAACAAUUACAAUAAAUUGCAGAAUGGAAACUACUUAUUAUAUACAAAAUAUAUACUACAUAUAUUUAUGUCUGUACACGUAUAAAUAUAUACAUUAACACAAAUAUAUUGAUUAUAUAUAUAUAUAUACAUAUAUAUAUAUAUAUAUUUACUAAUGGCAACUAAACAUGAAAUGUGAUCUUUUAAAGAAACAAAGAAGAAGAAAGAAAAAUAAUAAUUGAACAAAUGCAGGAGGCAGAAUUGGAUAAAGGUAAAAUGGAAUUAAAGUAAAACGAACUAGCAGCAAUCGAUUACCAGAGCCAUUGCAAGCAGGAUAGUUAAACGUAAUUUUAAAUUGGUUCCAUCUCGAGGCAAGCGUAAGAAUAUCUCCAUUCAAUAACGAUAACACCAAUAAUACUCGACAUCUAGCUAAUAAUUGUUCAACAAUAACAGAUUUAUCUCCAUAUACAUUUAAGGGCUGGCUAUAAUAUACGGAAAUUUGUUUUCUCAUCACAGUAUCAAGAUCACUAUCACUACUAUCUCACCUACCUGAGUUCCUCUCUCUCUAUCUAACACUCGGAUACCGACUCCAGCACCUUAACCUAACCACUCGUAGUACUAGACUUCAGCUCGCUCUCUUCGAAGCCUACGCAAAACUUAAUCGAUCACCCGAAAGUCGAAUCUUUCCCGUACUCCAAAUAAGAAUGCCUAAUAAGUUUCCGUCCAUUAUAAUCAGACCUUAAAUCUAUGUGCAACGACAGAAGACGAAAGUGGAACAGUUGUAAAAGAAUAACAUAAAAUUAACUAAAGUAAACAAGUAAAAUAAAUGAUAAAUUAUAAACACACAUACUCGUAGAUUCUCAAACUAAACAAACAAAAACUCGUCGACAUUUUAACAGUUACUAACAUUUAUUAUAAUAACGACAAAAUGAGUAAUACAAUAAGCUGCAACAAGAUGGCAAACAAAAAUAAACGAUGAAGUUUGUGUAAAAAACAAAGAAAUGUUCUUAAAAUAAAAAAUUUUGACAACAAAAAAAUGACAAAAAAAAUAUAUUAAAAUAAAACCAAAACCAAUAAGUGGAAAUGAGAAAUCCUAGUUACUAAGCAAACUAACUACAAACGUAUAGACACUAUAGAAUCAUUGUACCAUAAGAGAUUUCAGCGGAAUUUUGUUCGAUUUCGAUUGACAUCUCCACUAGUAUGUGUAGACUGGCAUGUAGCUCGACUACAUGGCCGCGCAUGUAGAAUAGCACGAGUUUGUAAACUAGAAACGAAACUUUUAUUUGCCUUAACAUCAAACCAAUAUAUACACCAAUAUAUAUACAUUGAUUUCGAUGCGAUCUGCGAUCCUUCAACCUUUUGAAUAGUUUCGAAAAGUAAUUUCCCUUGACGCUUGUACAUGGCGCUCCAAAAAGAAAACAAAACAAACGGAAACUAAAUAAUACCAGAAAAUAUUUCUGAAUCGAAGGGGGAAAAUGGAUUAAUGUAGUUAUGUCUAGAGUCUCCUUCAUUGUAAGUCAUAGUUAUUACUGUUAAUUUUAAUUUAUAUUUACACAUAUAUAUUAGAUCAUUAUGAUUAUUAAUUGUGAAUAUGAUGUGAUGUGUUUAUUGAAAGAAAAAACAAAAACGAAACUAAAACAAAAACAAAAAUACAAUUACUGAAUGUUGCAACGUAAAGAAAAACUAAAUGUAUUGCAUCCCUGAGAGCAAAGUGAGGGGAAAUUACAAGAAACCUUAUCGGGAAUGUGAGGGAAAAUCAAUUUUACUCGAAUUCAGAUGGUAAAGUAAGCGUAAUGUUAAAUUACCUAUGAUACUGUAAGUAGUUAUUCAUUUUUGUCAGGUGAUAUCAACGAAUUUUUCGAUAUGUUCUUCAAGCAGGGCUCACUCUCUGCACCCCACUCCAACCCCUAUAUAUUUCUAUAUUGUUUGUAAUUGAGUUAAGUUUCCGAUAUUAUUUCUUCGUCUAUUGUCGUUUUUUGUUUUGUGAUAUUCGCGGAAAGAGAAGAAAUUGGACGGAAUAAUUGUUGUUCGUUGUUUAUAUUUUGUGUUCAUAUAUAUUUUUGUAGUUUGUUUUAUUUUUUAUAAAUAUACAUUGUAUUAAACAUAUAUUAAAUAUACAUUAAUGAACUAGUAUAUACAACUUAACUAUACACAUAUACAAAUAAAGAUGAAUUGGAAUAAUA